AUUAUAAAAUUAUCCUUGAAUUUGUAUUAUUACCGAUUUACACUCAAAAAAACGUUUUCUGCUGCAAAUAAUUCGAAAAUAUCCUGCAAUCAUUCCAGAAAUGAGUGAGACAGCUGAGACAUCUGGUGGCAAACUAAUUACCAACAAUGGCAAGCAAAGAAGAAGGUUUCAACGAGAGUACCGCGAUCCCUAAAUACGGUUUUAAGGUAAAUCUGAACCAUGAAUAUCCAGAAGACCGAAGCCAAGAUUUUAGACCUUCUCUAAGAAUUAUUUGGACUCUGUUACCUUUGUUUUUAAGAUAUGUAUGGUAUUAUAUAGUUUAUAAGAUCAAAAAGAAGUCUGUAGUGAUGGAUUAUAUAUUCAUGGAACGGGCUAAAAGAAUAUAUGGUGUUCCUAUAGGAGGAAUAGGUUCGGGAACGAUAGGAAGAGGCUACAAAGGGGAAUUUUGUAGGUUUCAACUCCGUCCAGAAGUUUGUGAAUACAACACAGUCGAUGCAAAUCAGUUUAUUGUGACAAUAAAAAACAAAGAAAAGGAGACGAUAUUCCAAAGUUGCUUGUCUACUUACAGGAGAUCUUCAUUAAAGUCGUGGCAAAGUUUGAUUGAUGGAAAAAAUUGUAAAUAUACCGGGUUAUAUCCAAGAUCGUGGACAGAGUAUGAUCUCGGUAAAUAUGGAGUUAGAUUAAUUUGUAGGCAAGUGAGUCCUGUGAUACCUCAUGACUAUACAUGUAGUAAUUUGCCUUGUGCUAUAUUUGUGUGGAGUAUUGAAAAUGUCUGUGAUGAUGAUCGUAUAGUUACAAUUUCCUUCACUUUUAAAAACGGUACUGGUACAAAAAGGACAGAUAAACUUUCUACAAGUAGUUCGAAAGCUUUUUCCUACCAGAACACUGAAGGUGUUAUUUUGUACCACACGAUGGAAAAAAACCGCUGUUCAUAUACUUUGGCUGUGAAAACAUCGGAAAAUGUGAAAAUUUCGAAAUGUUUGAAUUUUGACCCGAAUUCUGAUGGUUCAAGUGUAUGGAACCAGCUUCAAAAAAACGGUCAGUUCAAUAAAAUAGUUGAAAAAUCUAACAAUCCCCAUAUUUUCGGUGAGUUAGCUGUUGGCGUAUCUGGAAAAACCAGGAUUUCAUCCGGACGACAGGAAAAUAUUGAAAUGGUACUGGUUUGGGAUAUGCCCAGUAUAAUUUACCCGGUAUCCAAUAAAAAAUACUACAGGUUCUAUACUGAAAAAUUUGGUAAAGAAAAUGCCGCAUUGAAGAUCGUUGAUUACGCGUUCACUCACUACGAAAAUUGGGAAAACGAAAUUUAUUUGUGGCAAAAGGAAGUUUUAGAUGAUCCUGAUUUACCUUCCUGGUAUAAAUCGGCACUGUUCAAUGAAUCAUAUUUUAUCAGUGACGGAGGUACAGUGUGGUUGUCUCUGGACGAAGAGAGUAAAAAAAAAUUGAAGGACCAUGAUCCAAGGAAGAAAUACGGCCGUUUCGCGUAUCUAGAAGGCCACGAGUACCGCAUGUACAACUCGUACGACGUCCAUUUCUACGCAUCGCACGCCCUGAGCCACAACUGGCCCCACCUCCAAAAAAGCCUCCAGUACGACCUGAAAGACUUCGUCUUCACCGAAAUAUCCACCAAAGUCACGCAGCUCUUCAACGGAGUACCGUGCGAAAGGAAGUACCCCAAAACGGUACCGCACGACGCGGGGGACCCUGGCGAGGCCCCCUUCGACUUGAUCAACGCCUAUCCCAUUCACGAUGUCAGUAAUUGGCGGGAUUUGAGCCCGAAGUUCGUGCUGCAAACGCUGAGGGACGCCACUGUGUCGGGCAGUACCGAUUUGCGGUUUUUGGAGGAUAUGUACGAGGCGUGCGACGUUGUUAUGAAGAAGGAGCUUCAGAAUGAUGGUGAUGGUGAUGGAUUGAUCGAGAAUUCGGGUGAGCCCGAUCAGACUUACGACAUUUGGGUGAUGAAAGGUGCUAGUGCGUAUUGUGGGGGUAUUUGGCUGGCCGCCCUGUUCGCCAUGACGGUUUUUUCCAAAGCUUUGAACAAGCUAACGGACGAAAAAACCUACCAAAACCUCCUAGCCAGCGCGUGCAAAGCCUUCGACACCAAACUCUGGAACGGUUCCUACUACAACUUCGACUGCUCCACCACCCACAGCAACACCGUCAUGGCCGACCAAUUGAACGGCCACUGGUACCUAAGCUGUUCCGGUUUUGCCCAACUUUAUCCCAUUUUGCCUAAGGAGAAAGUACGCAGUUCCCUGAGAGCGAUCUAUGAGAACAACGUGUUGUGCUUCUGCGACGGCAACAUGGGCGCUGUCAACGGGUUCCGCACCGGCCAGAUCGACAAGGUGGCCAUCCAGAGCCAGGAAGUGUGGACGGGAGUGACGUACGCACUGGCCGCUACGAUGAUCCAGGAGGGAUUGGUCGAAGAAGGCUUUAAAACAGCCGAGGGCAUGUUCAAGUCGAUGACGGAAAAGUUCGGGCUGAUUUUCGACACUCCCGAGGCAUUGUACGCCGAAAAGUAUUACAGGUCGAUCGGAUAUAUGAGGCCUUUGAGCAUUUGGUCGAUGCAGAUCGCGUGGGAGCGUCGAAAAGCUGCGCAAUGAUCCUAAAAUAAAAUUAGACAGCGUCUAAUAGCUUCUAAAAUAAAUAAACUUGACAAUUUUGUUUAAAUGUAUACCUAAAGUAUAUAUUUUUUAUUGGAACACCCUGUAUAUUAUUGCAUUUUUGGUUU